UCGCUUCGUAGGGACCUCCAUCAAUCCAAAUUGUAGCUGGCAUGACGUGGAAGCAGAUAACUCUGUGAUUGUAUUUGGAUCUUUUCCAGAGGACCCAAUAAGACCCCCUUUCUAAACUAAAAAUCUGCAUUCCAAGCAAUCUGAGUCUGUAGCACAGGAAAGUAGUCCAUAGACUUGUUUAAUAUUAGAAGAAUGAGGGAAAGUGAGCACAAAUCUAAUGACAUGGUUGUGGGCUUGAUGGAGGAGCAGUGCAUCUCUGUGCAAUCCCUUGGAGAAUUUCAGUUAUCCUCUGCAACUGAAUCCAUGGAGGUCGAAUCCAAUGCUCAGUCACAGCUACACAUUGACAUUCUCAAGAGCAUCAUGUCAGAGAUGAGUGAAGAGGAAAUCAGCAUAUCAGCCCAAAUAGUGAGGUACAAAGAAUUUGCAGGAAAUGAAGGACAACAACAUAGCUCCUCUGUAGUGAGUCAUCUCAGAAGCUUAGGAUUUGAUGCAGCAAUCUGCAGAUCCGAGCCCAAACAUGACAGAAGCUUCCCUGCUGGGAAAUAUGAGUUCAUGGAUGUUCUUGUGAGGAACAGGAAGGAGAAAAGCACCCGAAUAUUGGUGGACAUGGAUUUCAGAACGCAGUUUGAGAUUGCAAGACCCAGUAGCGAAUACAGUUCUCUCAUACAACUGCUUCCCCUGCUUUAUGUUGGGAAUGCAGAAAAACUUGCUAAAAUUGUGAAGACAAUGUCCAAAAGUGCCAAGAUGUCUUUGAAAACAAAGGGAAUGUGCAUCCCCCCAUGGAGAACAUAUGCUUACAUGCACUCCAAAUGGUUGAGCUCUUGCAGGAGAAUAACUAGCCAUUUUCCUGAGGAAAUCAUGUCAUUCCAUGGUGGAGGAGCAGAGGAAUGCAUUGAAUUGAAGUGGAGUGAAGAUUUCUGUCAGAAAUCAGAGAAUCAGAGAAUGGGAAAGCCAACGUCAAAGCUGCCCACUGUUUUAAUGGAAGCCGGACUAAGUUCAAUGUUCAAGGUAGUAGCCGUAGCAUAAGAUUUGCUGGAUCUUGGCUUGUUUAAUUGACUACUGCCAGGACAUUUUUUCAUGAAAUCCAUACAAAUUUUGUAAUCCUAUUCAUUUCUGGACUCAUUUCAGCUAAUACCAUAGUUAAUACUAGUGAACUCUGUGCACAGACCAUUUUUAUUUUCUUUUUAACAUUGUUCAAAAAAUUGUGCUCAAAAUAAGCUCUUCACUUGACA